AUGGAUGAAGCAGCAGCCAGCUUCCGUGCACAGUGGGUCAGUCCAUCAGACUUAUUCUCAAUCCUCUUAAUCAUUGGUGGGGAUGUCAUUGGCCUCGCUCUGGCAGCCCUCGCCGGUGGCCCUAUCACCCCCGCCACCUUAUCUUUCGGAUGGGUGUCGUACGCUAUCUCAGCGCUACUAACUGCCCAAAGCGAGGACCGCCUGAUGCCUCCGAGCCCUGACUCUUCGCCCCGAGUGAUCAACCUAAGCACAGGGUAUACGCGGUUCAACCGGUCCUGGACUUUAGGGCGGGUGUUUCAGAAUUACGAAUACUGGAUGCCGGCAGAAGUAGAACAGCAACUGCAAAACCACCCGGUCUUGUACCAAGAUGAGGAAGCCUGGAUCGCAGACACAGAGAUGUCAGAGAAGGCCACGGGAACGACAGAAACAUACCCCAAUUCUCGUAAAUAUGUGAGCCCCCACCAGGCGCGCCUCUGCGUCGCUGUUUACGAGUGGGCGCUGGACGGACGCUAUCCUGUGGCGCAACCCGGUUAUGACUGGGUGCAUUGGCUGGGAAUCAUCGUGACGGUGUUUCAAAUAGGCAUCAGCGCGAUACCGUUUGCUCUCCAUGGAGACUGGAGUAUCUUCCUGGUGACGGUGGCCGGGACUAUUCUGGCCUACGCGUCCGGCGCGCUGCCGCAGUGGCGGAAGGAGAAAUGGGCGUGUCGAACGUUGGACAAGCGCAAAGACAUUGCGUUGACACUCGGCAAUGGGAUGCAGCAUGUGAUCGUGGUGCUGGGGGCGAAGGGUGGCAAUACUACGCGCAUGAUGACGUUCCUGUUAACGGUGUUGUGGUUCAUGCUUCUCCUUAGCAGCACGGGGAUUCAGGCCCAUGCGUGGUAUCUACUUGCGGUGGGCGGCAUUGGCAUGAUGCAAAAUCUCAUCACGGCCGGGGCUCCGCGUCAGCCGGAGAUGUUGGGAAUACCGAUUCGGCUGGCUAUGCGUUCGAAUUCGAGGAACGAAGCAAGUCCGAUACCAAUGGUGUUCGCCGAAUUUAAGGUCAUGCAUACGCUGAUGGAGCUCGAGUUGGACUUCAAGGGGGCUGGUCGAGCUCUGCUCCCGGAGUUCUUCCCUGGAGGUGGCGGCCUACAAUCUUGGGAGGAAAAGUGGUGGUCCAGCAAUGAACCGGACGUUCGACGCCAGCUACUACGGGCGGCGAAAGAAAAAGAAUUUAACAAACAGAUGCGCAGGACGCAGGCUGGGUGA